ACCAUCCACCAGGAGUACAUCCCCUACAGGAGGCACGGUGCACCCACCAGACUCGGGUCCCAGCCGCUGUUGGGAUCACGACGCAGAGGGAGUGAACCGUACGUCAUCGGACCCCCUCCAUCCUUGUGGCAUCACCUUCCAUACGCAAGUCUACCAUGUUUGCUCCACAAGCCACCAGCGAGUCAAUAUUUCUGCGACCUCAGAUCAGGGGUCCAAACGGUAUUGAUUUGCUCCCCUAUUUGCAUACCUCCUGGAAGAAGUUCAACAAAUGAUGACCCGGGAGGCAAAUUGACUGAUGUAGAUUGCUGGGAGAAAGUGCAAGCGUCCCAGAGUCCAGGGGAGUUACAAGUUCCGGUGCCAAUCAACCCAGUCUCUGCUUUUCCUACCAAGAUGCAGGAACUCUCCUACCGUCGUCAGUAUCCGGCAUUGUUUCGCCCCGAACUGGCUAUGUGGCCUCCGCAGAUGUUGACGGCUCACAGCGGAGUAGGACUGUCUGAGUUGAACCUGUUCAGACGGGAGUCUGUGAUUGGUCGUCAUGCGCCACAUCCUGCCAUCAUUUCCGGUCUCGUGCCACGCUCGCCCAUCGUCCCGGCGCCUUAUCCUCAUUGGGAUCUACGGUUUGCCCCUCAAAAUGGCUGUGGUCGUAAAGUGUUCCGGUGUCCACAAUGUCGCUAUUUGACAGACCGAAGGAACAAUUUGAAACGCCAUGUGUUGACAAUGCAUCAAACGUGCUCGAAACUUUUAGAAUGUUGUGGGGUUUUCUUCAACACGAAGGCUUCGUUACGAGAACACGCCAUGAUCUUUCACUAUAAUGGUUACACCUGUCACUUCUGUGGACGACGGUUCUGUAGGAAAGCCUUGCUAAAGCGCCACCUAUCGGUGCAUAGUGGCCAAAAAGACUUCACGUGCGCCGUUUGUGACUAUGCCACCAGUCAUAAAAGUAACUUAGAACGACAUAGAAAAGUCCACUUACGACAGGGCGGUGAGGACGAUGAUGACGUUUUGAGUGACAGUUGCGAACACGAUCACGUGGGAAAUACGUCACACGAUGACUUACAUAGCCACGGCAGCGCCAUCAGCUCACCAGAUGACAACCACGACGACACAUCUGAUGAAGAUUCGGACUGCGACGUCAUCAAUGUGCACUCCGAUUAAACUUAAGAGCUGAAGACACUUAGCAGUCGGUUUGUCCACCCAAGGAAUCACACAACUGGAAUCUUAUAUUUCAACAAAAUCAAAGUGUUGUGCAUUUAAAAAAAAAACAAUUGUGCUUAUUUCGCCAGUGCUUUUACAUGUGUGUGGAAAUGCGAGAAUUUUUGCCAAGCGAAAAGUAUACAUGGUUACAGUUACGGUUAAUUAAGUGGGUUUUAAAAUGAGUAAUUAUAUGUUAUAAUUGUCCUGCCUAUCACCAAAAAUGCCCAACAUUACAUUUUAAUCUCUGAAUUUGUCUUAAAUUUUCAUUAUAAACUACAAUGUAUCUGGAAAAUUUACAGAAAUGGUUAACUAUGAGCUUUUGUCAUUUUAAGCCAAGAUCUUGACACAAUUAUAAAAGGCGUGCUCAGAUGGGGUAUUCAUAUAAACAAAGGUACAAUAUAUUCACGGGAGGAAGAAAACAUAGAAAUCAGCAGCGCACAGGAAUUUCCAGUUUCUACCUCAGCCUAAACUUUGCUAGAAAUUAAAAAAUGUGUCUUCCAUGUAUAACACUGACUUAAAACAAAGGAGUACUUUGACAGAAAUGGUGAAUAUUCAUUAGGCUGUCAUCCAGUCAAUCUGUCCCAGUUUUUUAGGCGAAAAUCAAUUUUGGUUAUAUAUAGCACAUAUCAUGUAUGACGACAAACUUUUCUAAUAUCGGUGGUCGGCCCAAUCCCCGUGUCUACACCGUCCCAUAUGAGCUGUAGAGUUGGCGGUACAUUAUCAUAAUUACUGAAACAUAUCAAUUUAACGCUGACAUUGUUAUAAUUUAUG